UGAAGCUAAACUGUGCCGGUUAACGGUGUUCGCUGGGAAGUGUACUCAGCCCCCUCGCCUUUCAGGCCCAGGCGCUGCGAUGAGGCGGACGGGCUGGCAGCGCGCGAAUGCCGGCUGCUGACUGCUCGCUCGGAAGCGGAACUGGCUCCCGAGGACUCUCCCGGGCUCGGGUCCAGGCCUUGCGGGCCGGGAAGCUUUUGCCACGUUUCUGAUUAAAGUUUGACGUUCCUGCAUAGGCAUUUUCCUGUUAAAAUGUCCUUGCCCCUUACAGAGGAGCAGAGGAAAAAGAUCGAAGAGAAUCGACAAAAGGCUCUGGCUCGUAGAGCCAAGAAAUUAUUAGCAGAACAGCAUCAGAGCUCAGGCUUGGGCUCCUCUGUUGCUGCCCUUCCUUCCCAAUCCAAGCAGCAUCCUUCUCACAAUCUCCCCAGCGAUUCUGCUAAGCCAGUGGACCAUGGUGUCGUUUUCAAGCAACAGAAAGCCAGUAGUUCAUCUCAUGGUGACCGAAUACCUCAAAAUCCCCACAAUUUUCAUCUCAGCACUCUGGAGCAGGCAAAGGAGACAUGGAAGAAGCCAGAAGAGAUGCGUGCAGCCUGCCCACACCACACCCCACCAAGUCACAUUACUCUCACUGGGAUCUCCCCUCCCUUGGCACAGAGCCCUUCAGAGGUUUCCAACCAGCAGCUCAUGGGUUAUGAGUUAGGUCCAGGUCAUCCUCAGGUUUCACACGGGACCAAAUCAACACCUUUUCCUAACACAACUCAUGAACCUUUGGCCAAAUCAAAGAGUUCCCAGGAUACACCAGCUUCUUCCUCUGGACAGCUUCCCAGGGAUCCUGAAUCAGAGGCCAAGGCAGCCAGACCCACCACCUCAGUGCAGAACAUUUCUGGCAUCCAUUGUGGCUCAGGGAGUGUGAUUCCCAGGACAGAAGGGAGACUCCCACAGAAAUUGGGGGCCUCACCCCACAAAGCAUUAAGCUCCCAGGAGGGAACAUGUGUAAGGGAUGGAGACCGUUUCCAGGUGAAGAUUGGGUACAACGCAGAGCUCAUUGCCGUGUUCAAGCGUCUGCCCAGCAGACGUUUCGAUCCUGACACCAAGACAUGGAACUUCAGCAUGACCGACUACAGUGCCCUGAUGAAAGCAGCUCAACAUCUCUCCACAGUCACCCUGAAGCCUUUGGAAAGGACCAGCGGUGUGGUGCAGACUGGCCUGCCUUCAGCUCCCUCCCUCUCCUUUGUCAAAGGGCAGUGCAUGCUCAUCUCCCGGGCCCGCUUUGAGGCAGACAUCGGCUAUUCACAAGAGCUCAUUGCAUUGUUUAAACAGAUGGAUUCCAGAAAUUAUGAUGCCAAGACCAGGAAGUGGAACUUUCUCUUGGAAGAGCACAAUAAACUAAUCGAAAAGGUGCGCUGCCUUCCACAAGUACAGCUGAAUCCUCUGCCCAAGACGCUGACCCUGGCCUUCGCUUCUCAGAUGGAGAAGACGUCUCUCAGUCUCACAGCAGACAUCCCUGAGGCGGACCUCUCCGGAGUGGACCCCAAGCUUGUGUCCAAUCUGUUGCCCUUCCAGAGAGCUGGAGUCAAUUUUGCCAUUGCCAAAGGAGGCCGCCUGCUGCUUGCUGACGACAUGGGCCUGGGGAAGACCAUCCAGGCCAUCUGCAUCGCGGCCUUCUACCGGAAGGAGUGGCCGCUCCUGGUCGUGGUCCCGUCAUCUGUGCGCUUCACCUGGGAGCAGGCCUUCCUUCAAUGGCUGCCGUCUCUGAACCCAGAGCACAUCAAGGUUGUGGUGACCGGCAAGGACCGCCUGACAGCUGGCUUGGUCAACAUUGUCAGUUUUGACCUUCUGAGCAAGUUGGAAAAACAGAUAAAAACUCCUUUUAAAGUUGUCAUCAUUGAUGAGUCUCACUUCCUCAAAAACAUUAAGACUGCCCGCUGUCGCGCAGCUAUGCCCCUCCUCAAGGUUGCUAAGCGCGUGAUCUUAUUGUCGGGCACACCAGCCGUGUCGCGACCUGCAGAGCUAUAUACUCAGAUCAUUGCUGUCAAGCCAACUUUCUUCCCUCAGUUCCAUGCCUUUGGACUUCGCUACUGUGACGCCAAGCAGCAUAACUGGGGAUGGGAUUAUUCCGGCUCCUCCAACCUGGGCGAGCUGAAGCUCCUGCUGGAGGAAGCGGUCAUGCUGCGGCGCCUCAAAUCUGAUGUCCUUUCUCAGCUCCCAGCCAAGCAGCGCAAGAUGGUGCUGAUGGCCCCGGGCCAGAUCAGCGCCAAAGCCCGCGCGUCCCUGGAUGCCGCGGCCAAGGCAGUGACCACCAAGGACAAAUCUAAAGGACAGCAGAGAGAAGCCCUUCUUCUCUUCUACAACAGAACAGCUGAAGCUAAAAUCCCGUGUGUUAUUGAAUAUAUCCUGGACCUGCUGGAAAGUGGGAGAGAGAAGUUUCUAGUGUUUGCGCACCAUAAGUUGGUUCUGGAUGCAAUAACUAAAGAGCUUGAGAGAAAGCAGGUGCAGCACAUCCGCAUCGAUGGUUCCACCUCCUCGGCAGACCGAGAGAGUCUGUGCCAGCAGUUCCAGCUGUCGGAGAGGCACGCCGUGGCUGUGCUGUCCAUUACCGCCGCUAACAUGGGCCUCACCUUUUCCUCGGCCGACCUGGUGGUGUUUGCUGAGCUGUUUUGGAACCCCGGGGUGCUGAUGCAGGCUGAGGACCGGGUGCACCGAAUUGGACAGUUAAACUCCGUGGGCAUCCACUACCUGGUGGCAAGAGGCACAGCUGAUGACUACCUUUGGCCCCUGAUCCAAGAGAAGAUUAAGGUUCUGGGUGAAGCUGGGGUUUCUGAGGCCAAUUUUUCAGAAAUGAUGGAAGCCACUGAUUAUGUCUACAAGGACCCGAAGGAGCAGACGAUCUAUGACCUAUUCCAGAAGUCCUUUGAGGAGGACUGGAGCAAUAAGGAGCUCCUGGAGGCAGUGGAGGCCUUCGACCCGGGAAGUGCCUCCGGAGCGUGUGGCUCCCAGGACUCGGGAGACAUGCUGGACGAAAGCACAUCGACGGGCAGUCCAGUGAAGAAAAGGAGAUUUGAAUUUUUUGAUAACUGGGACAGCUUUACCUUUCCCCUAUAAAAGAGGCAAAAAAGCAUUUAUAAAAAUCAUGGAAUUCAUUAAAAUAAAAUGGACCUCUUUUUUCAGAGCCUGUGCUCCUCUUGUCUUUACAGGGGAGCCAGUCUCCAGUUGCAGCGAGUUUCUAGGCCACGGGUCAGUGUUUCCUUUCCAACAUCGGAAUGUGUGGGUUUGUUUGGGUCUUAAUUAACCUCUGCUUUCCUGCUUGAGAGAGAAAUAGAGAGUAGGUGGUAGUCGUGGUAAUUCAUGUUCUUUAAAUAAUGAGGUGCUUCCUCCACAACUCCCAAAAUAUGAAGUUUUAAAAUUGGUUGACUCAACAAAGAUUUAUAGUGCACUUGGUGUGUGCCAGGCACUGUUCUGGGUGCUGGCAGUAAUUCGCCGAACACGAGAGAAAAAGUGUGCACCUUUGCAGAGGUUAUCAUAUCACGGAGAGGCAACAGUUAUACAACCUAGGAAGAAAAAUAAAGUAAGGAGGUAGGAUUAACAGCAGGAGUUGAGAAGCUUUUCUGUAUAUAGCCAAAUAGUAAGUACAAGGUAUCUCUCAAAAAUACAUACUUACUUUAAUAGCUGAUUGCUCAAUUGAUGUUUGUUUCUUUUCAGAUUUAACCCAUUGGAAUUAAUAAUUAUUCAAAGUGUGUAUAUAUUUUUGAGGGGACACCCUGUAUUUUUGGCGUAAUGGACCAGGUCAUUGUUGUUGGAACUACUCAACUCUGCCUCUAUAGUGCGAAAAUAACUAGAAAAUCUGAAACAAAUGAUUACGGCUUUUUGCCAAUAAAACACUGGUAUGGACACUGGAA